AACCUAGAUAAGUUAGAAUUGGGCAACACCCCCACUGCCACAAUAGAGGACAACAAGAUUUCCUUUGUACUGCCUAGUAAAUUUCCUUUUUCCUACUCCAACCAUCCGCAAGGCUUAAAAACUUCAAACUCGGAAAAAAAAUUGGGUUUUUUAAAUUCACUGUUCAGUGCUGUGGAUUGCAUAUGCGAAGCCCUUUUAUGAGAGCUUCUGAAAUUUCUUGAAGCAUUAUCAGUGGUGAGUGAAGACCAGUCCUUGUUUGAGUGCGCCUACGGAUCGCCCCACCUUGCGAAGACAGAGAUGACGGCCUCCUCCUCCAGUGAAUAUGGGCAGACAUCAAAGAUGAGCCCGCGCGGUCCCCAGCAGGACUGGUUAUCACAGCCCCCAGCCAGAGUCACCAUCAAGAUGGAGUGUAACCCAAACCAGGUUAAUGGGUCAAGGAAUUCACCUGAUGACUGCAGCGUGGCAAAAGGAGGGAAAAUGGUUAGUGGUUCAGACAAUGUUGGGAUGAACUAUGGAAGCUACAUGGAAGAGAAGCACAUUCCGCCUCCAAAUAUGACUACCAAUGAACGAAGAGUUAUUGUGCCAGCAGAUCCGACGUUGUGGAGCACAGACCAUGUACGUCAGUGGCUGGAGUGGGCAGUGAAGGAGUAUGGUCUUCCAGACGUGGACAUCUUGUUGUUCCAGAACAUUGAUGGGAAAGAGUUGUGUAAAAUGACCAAAGAUGACUUCCAGAGGCUCACACCGAGCUAUAAUGCAGAUAUCCUCCUGUCACACCUACACUACCUCAGAGAGACUCCUCUUCCACAUUUGACUUCAGAUGAUGUUGAUAAGGCCUUACAAAACUCUCCACGGUUAAUGCAUGCUAGAAACACAGGAGGUGCCACUUUUAUUUUUCCAAAUACAUCAGUUUACCCAGAAGCAACACAAAGAAUAACAACGAGGCCAGACUUACCUUAUGAGCAAGCGAGGAGAUCAGCAUGGACGAGUCACACCCAUCCCACUCAGUCAAAAGCUACUCAGCCAUCAUCCUCAACAGUGCCCAAAACAGAAGACCAGCGUCCUCAGUUAGAUCCUUAUCAGAUUCUAGGACCGACCAGCAGCCGUCUUGCAAAUCCAGGGAGUGGGCAGAUACAGCUAUGGCAGUUCCUACUGGAGCUUCUCUCGGACAGCUCCAACUCCAACUGCAUCACCUGGGAGGGCACCAACGGAGAGUUCAAGAUGACCGACCCUGACGAAGUGGCUCGGCGCUGGGGAGAGAGGAAAAGCAAACCUAACAUGAACUAUGACAAACUCAGCCGUGCACUUCGCUACUACUAUGAUAAAAAUAUUAUGACUAAAGUUCAUGGUAAACGCUAUGCCUACAAAUUUGAUUUCCACGGAAUCGCUCAGGCCCUCCAGCCUCACCCCCCGGAAUCAUCCAUGUACAAAUACCCAUCAGACCUACCCUACAUGAGUUCCUACCACGCACACCCUCAGAAGAUGAACUUUGUAGCUCCCCACCCCCCUGCUUUGCCUGUAACCUCAUCCAGCUUUUUUGCUGCCCCUAAUCCAUACUGGAAUUCACCAACCGGAGGUAUCUACCCCAAUACAAGGCUGCCAGCUGCUCAUAUGCCUUCUCAUCUUGGCACCUACUACUAAGUGGGGAAAGAAAGAAACACCAGAAAAAGCAAAAACACUGCUCAUUGGGAUACAGUCCCUGAUGAAUUGCAAUGAACUCUAUCAGAGUACAUGAAUUAAAAGUGCCUAAAGAGACAGGUGAAGGUUUGGCUGGGAGAAAAACACAUUAAAAGUAAAUUUCAAAAUGACUCUUUGCAGUAGGGAUUUAAAGGAGAUAUUCAAGAAGUAUUAAGAUACUAAAAUGUAAUGUAUAUGGGCAUCGACUCUGUGGACCAAACAACAAUGGACUGUUGUAGGUAAAAGCAUGAAAUGAUAAGGAAAACCUAUGAAAGCUAGUGGUCUUAAAAAGUUGAUAAGCUUAUGGGUAAAGUUUGUUAUCUUGCUAAUGCAAAAACCUGGGACUAUACUACAGCAAUGUAACAAUAACUCUAUAGUGACCUAACAUACAAUAUAUGAAUCAUUACAAAAGAGGGAGAAAAGGAUUAAAAAGGAAAGAAAAAAAAACCAACAACCACCUACCUUUAUUUAAAAAAUAGAAACAUAUCAACAUAGACUCAUUUAGUGUGGAAGCUGAUUUGGAAUAUGACAGCAUUGUUUUGAUUAAAAUCAAAUGCAUUCCAUUCAUCAGAGCGUUAUCUGCUACUCAAACUGUGAAGACAACCCAAACUUUAGGAUUCCUUGACAGUAUUACAAGAACCCUGAGCCAAACAUUGGAAAUGAGAAUGUGCAGAAGGGAAAGUGUAUGACUGUAGAUCAGAGGCCUGCACCUGACAGAGGAAGCAGAAAGGAGACGGAGGAGGACAAAAGGUGGUGAGAAUGGGAGGAAACAAACUUCUUUACCAGUAGAGACUGAAGAGACUGAAAAAUUAGUAGUGUUGGGACUAUGAAGAAAUACUUGUUUGGACUUGUGAAACAUUUUGCUCAGUAUCAUACCAUUCCCAGUAUUACAGGAGGAACAGACUUGUUUGUAUAGUAAUUAAAAAAAAUGGAAAAAGGGAAAAGCAGAAGAAGUCAGAAAUCAGAAUAUGCAUCUCUUUUUUUUUAAAAAAAGUAAAACUGGAAUUGUAUUUGAUAUUUAAAAGUUAACCAGUUAGAACCUCAUCAUUAUUAGGGGGGUUUCUUUUCCAUUGGCUAAAGCAAGAGACAACCCCUGACUGCCAAAAUCAGAAAUCAUCUAAGUAUUUUUGUUAGGCGGGCGCCAGUUUUUCUUUAUUGAGUCGCGAACGCUGUGCGUUUGUCAGAAUGAAGUAUACAAGUCAAUGUUAUUUUUUCCUUUUUAUAUAAUUAUUAUAUAACUUAUGCAUUUAUACACUACGAGUUGAUCUCGGCCAACCAAAGACACAAAAAGGGACAAUCAAAAAUAUUGUGGCCUUGAAUUUUAACUCUGUAUGCUUAAUGUUUACAUUAUGAAUAUAUUAGUACUUAGAAUGCAGAAUGUAUGUAAUAAAAUAAGCUUGGCCUAGCAUGGCAA